AUCAUUUCCUCGAGGGUUCCGAAGGACGGUGUAACACCGUGGGGCUGUUGUUAGACGUUUUUUCGUGGUUUUCCUCGGCUGGCAUUUUCGAGCACGAGACUUGUCUCGCCCGGUUCUGCCGUUGUGAAAACGUUUUUCGUUCUCCCGCCACCCGAAAUCUCCUCCCCACGCCUGUGCAACCCUGCUCUCUCCACACGUUCGUUUGGGGAGACUUUGUUUGCGGAGUAAGACGCACUUCUUGCAUACUUCCACCAGGAAUUCUUCCGGUGGUUUCGGGACAUUUCCCAAAACCUUUGUGGGCCAAAAUGGAGAACAACGAAGAUAAACAACAACAGGGGCAACAGGCAGGGGGAGCUGCCGUGGCAGCGCCUACGCCAGCCAACGACGAAGUCAUCGAAACGAACUACGACGAAGUCGUUGACUCGUUCGAUGCGUUGAAGCUUAACGAAAGCCUCCUCAGAGGUAUUUACUCGUACGGUUUCGAGAAACCUUCGGCAAUUCAGCAGCGUGGCAUCAAGCCCAUCCUCGACCGGCACGACACGAUCGGCCAGGCUCAGUCGGGAACGGGUAAGACCGCCACUUUCGCGAUCGCUGCCCUCCAGCUCAUCGACUACAACAUCAACAACUGCCAGGUUCUCAUUCUGGCGCCGACCCGUGAAUUGGCUCAGCAGAUUCAGAAGGUCGUGUUGGCCCUCGGUGACUACCUGCAAGUCCGAUGCCACGCAUGUGUUGGAGGAACAGUUGUCCGCGAUGACAUUGCCAAGCUGAAGGCAGGUGUUCACAUGGUUGUCGGGACCCCCGGGCGUGUUCACGACAUGAUGGAGAAGCGUCACCUCCGUGUCGACGACAUGAAGCUCUUCAUCAUGGACGAAGCCGACGAGAUGCUUUCUCGUGGUUUCAAGUCCCAGAUCUACGACGUCUUCAAGAAGCUCCCCCCUGAUGUACAGGUCGCCCUUUUCAGCGCCACGAUGCCACAGGACAUUUUGGAGCUGACAACGAAGUUCAUGCGUGACCCCAAGCGUAUUUUGGUGAAGAACGACGAACUGACCCUGGAAGGUAUUAGGCAGUUCUACGUUGCCGUCGAGAAGGAAGACUGGAAACUCGAGACUCUCUGCGACCUGUACGAGACCUUGACCAUCACUCAGGCCAUUAUCUACUGCAACACCCGCAGAAAGGUCGACUUCCUCACCAGCAAGAUGUCCGAGCGCGACUUCACGGUGUCGUCGAUGCACGGUGACAUGGACCAGAAGAGUCGUGAGAUGAUUAUGCGCGAGUUCCGCUCUGGUUCCACGCGUGUUCUCAUUACCACAGAUCUUUUGGCUCGUGGUAUUGACGUCCAGCAAGUGUCGCUUGUCAUCAACUACGACUUGCCCGCGACAAAGGAGAACUACAUUCACCGUAUUGGUCGUUCUGGUCGUUUCGGUAGGAAGGGUGUUGCCAUCAACUUUGUGACGUCCAGCGACGUGGAGCAGCUCAAGGAGAUUGAGAAGCACUACAACACUCAGAUUGAGGAAAUGCCCAUGGAAGUCGCGGAGUUCUUCUAGAUGCAGUGGUGCUGCGCUAAUCGGCAGUGACACAUUCUCGUCAGAUACACAACUAAUCGCAACCUACUGUUCGUUUACCACUUCUCUAUAAUGCGGGCAGGUUCCCCGUCCACUGGCGUCAUCCGUUUUUUCCAAGAGUGACAGAAAGGACCCACAUACGGACGGAGGCGUGAGGAAAAGGAGAGAGCGCUUGUAACUUGCUCCAAAAGCAAGAGGAGCAACACCGUCAUUUCCAGUUUUUUGGCCGUGUUCCUUCGUGUUCCUAUAUACGUGAGUACGUAUAUAGUAUGCUUCUAGGCAGCCUGUGUGCGGUGCGCUUCCUCCUUUUGUCUCUUGCAUAGUUCAUCGAUUUCUUCCUCUUCUCGUCUUCCUCAACGGCAACCCCUAAAACUUGACCCGCCGGUGCGGUCCGUGCCCGUGACAACGCUGACCAGUUCGGUUCCGCGUGGCGAAUGUGUCGAUUGCUGUGCCUGGAAGGCGUUAUGCCGAUUCCCACGUAUAUUUUCGCACAAGUACCCCCCUGCGAGUCGUGUCUCCAUUUUGACCAUGGAAGUAGAGGAAGAACAGGCAUCGUCUUCUGUUUUCUGUCUGGGUUGUUUUUUCCUCGAUUCUCUUGUUCCUGCUCCCUUCUCGACGUCGGAACCGCUGCAUUUCCAAGCUUUCUGUGCUGGGAGGUGGCAAGCGAAAACGUACGAACAAGCAAGUCCCUUGAUCUCUGGCGUUUUGACGUUCACUGCAUGGUCUCAGGUUCAGACAAUAGUUCGGUGUGUCAACAAAAGAGCGGAGAGGAGUAAAGAAUUUCCACGACGGAGCAGCCUGCUUCUGUUGCGCCUGCAUGCAAGAAAAGCUGAAACGCUUCCUUAUUUACGGUGUUCUGGAAACACAGACCCAACCCGCACGCAUUCCACCCACGUCGCACACUGUAUCUUCGCUAGCAUAUUUGACUGCAGUCACUCUCGAAAAUUCCUCAAGUUCCUUAUUCGGCGACACAGGAACAUUAAAUGGUUUCGCAAGACCGUUUUUCGUCGUCUCCAGUGGCACGUUAUGUACUAACCGUCAGGGACGCGGAGUAGCCGGUAUUCCGCUACUCGUAAAAUGAUGAAACAGACGAAUUCUGAACAGCUCUCUGUAAAGAGGCGUUAAUCCAGUUGAUUAAUCUGUUGUGCAUUACUUUCAUCACCGCGUGUUAGGAAGGUAAAAGUCACAUCGUAAUAGAGACAGGCUAUCACAACCACGACACUAGCACGUGAUAUCUCUGCGUCACGCCGGUCGUGAGUGAUAACAUGUGGUCGCCCUUUUGGGACCAGGUCGAAGGAAACAUGGUGGCAUUUUUUCGAUCAGAACAUCGUGGGGCCGGCAACGGAUUUUUCUCUCGUCCGAUGUUGUUCGCCUUAGUACGUGGAAACACGUAGAUGAUGUCAGGCCGUUUCAACCUUCUCCAAAGUGCUGUUCAGCCUUACUGUAAAGUCAUCUUCCCCCACUGCGAUCCGUUGCGAUCGCCCUUCGCAGUGUUUUUCCCCAUCAAACGAACUGGCACUGCCUAGUGAAUACCUGACUGAUGUUGCAGAAUUCAUCUGUGUUGCAAUGGGGAUGGUGCGGCUCAGCACAGAGUCAGUAUGUCACUGUCCCAUGCCUCUAGUUCAUUAAACUAAAAAAGGAAGAACGAAGCUCGCAUCGCCGUUUGUGGCGCCCACUGCAAGCUGUGGAGGUCGGCACAUCCGCUGCAUUUACCGAUUCGUGGAACCCUCUCACUGAAAUUGUCAACUAGAGUGUAGAGCUUCUGCGGCCCAAACAAGGUUUUCCUGCAAGCGUGUGUCAUUGGUUAUUGGCUAGGAAUAUUUUUUCCCAAUCCUAAAUACCUUGAUUGCCGGGCUCAACAACAACCAACCGGUUCGACAGUGCAUUCUGUCGAAACGCGUCCGUAAUACACCGUUUGGUACAACCUCCUGAAAAACGUGAAGGAUAAAUUGCUCGAUCCGAGCGUCAGAGAUGCACGAAAUUUCACCCCAGCCUACUAUAUCAUCAUUUCUCGCUUCUUUUCAUGAGGAGAUAGGGCAGCAACCAGAAACUGGACAAGAGAAAGCCAAGAUACAAACACAAAUUAGCAGCGACGCCAACGACAGUCGGUACUCUGCAACGCAGUUCAGAAAACUGUGUCAAUCAAAUAUGUUUCAUCGUUUCGGGUAUUUCACUGACAUGUUAAUGGCGUAGUCACAGGCAACCGAUUUUGGACGGAAGUACUUUAACACCGCAUAAUACGCUAGAACAUACCACUCAGGUACCACAUGAAGUGAUGUUCCGAGCUGUGUGACUGGUGUUAUCUGCGCCAGAAGCGGCUGCCUUUCAGUGUCGAGUUCUGUCGCAAAAGCGAUCUGUGUUGCCUACGACUCUUGCGAAAACGUAAACCGCAAACAACCUCUCCGAGCGAGAUGAAAUUUGAGAGCCG